CAUCUACUCGAAACAGGGCGAACGGCACUUUCACAUUCGCUUUGCAGCCCUCUAUUGGCCAAAACCGCACUAAAGAAGUUUCAACUGUCGGGUAGCGGUCCUGUAGUUCGCGUAAAAACUACAAAAACUUGCUUUACGGCAGUGGAGCAUCCUGCAGGCUGUGGGUGGAGCGUACUCGGCAGGUACAUGCAAAAGAAAGAUACCGUUACCUAGCGUUCAUGCCAGCUUUUCAAUUCUCAUCAUGGCGGAGCCUGCGAAGAAAAAGAAGGGUUUGAUGUCGGAGGAGGCGAAGAAAAGAAAACGGGAGCACGAUAGAGAAAGAGCUCGAACCAGAGUGAAUAUAGGGCGGGCUUAUGCUCGUUGGCGAGAGCUGAAGGAGGCUACGAGUUGCAAGACUGAUGGUGACCUGGCUUUGCUGCUACUAGACUUCUACCAGUCACGGCAAGUAACAUCGACUCCUAGCAAAGCCAAACAUGCACAACCACCACAACUGCCGGUGUCUAGCGUUACUGAGGAGUCUGACCGUGAUAGAGAUGACUUUACAGUCCUAGGUGUACAACAGCUGGAUGCACAAGAAGUGGGUGUGCUAGAAGCAAGCAUGCACUCAAUGAGUAUUGCAGAGGAGGAGUGUGACAGUCCAGAUGAAGCAAGGAACGAUUUGAGAAAUAGCACCAUUGACAUGGAUGAGAGGUGGACUGACCUAAGGUUUUGUGAAGAUGCAGACAGUUCUGAUGAAGAUAUCGCUUUUCUUCAGAUACGUCCUGGAGGUGCAGCUAACAUUGAACAGCUGCACGAGAUAAGCCUGGAUGAGGCCGUGCUUGAUGUUGUGAUGCCAACUGCCCCAGAAGAUGAUGAGCGCGACAUUCCAGAAAAUCAAAAGGUUGUUUGUGAAGAUGACCUGGUUGGCAAGAAAGCCAGUAUCGUUUAUCAUGAAAACCUAAACAUGCUGGCCACCUACCUCCAAUUGCCGAUACAGAGGUGCAGUAACAUCAACAAGGUUACAGGGGCAGUGUGCAAAGCAGGACCACCAUUUGAGGUGACUCUGAAACCCAGGGGAACUGGAGUCAUCUUGGAAUGGCAAUGUCCCUUUGGGCACACUUUGUGGCGGUGGAAUUCACAGCCCCUGAUGAAAUACGGCAUGCAGGGGGGUGAUUUCAUGCUGGCCAUCAACAUACUGCUCUCCGGCAACAAUUACAGGAAGAUUGCCUUUCUGUUCAAGUUCAUGCAAAUGGGGAUGGUGGCUGAGCCUACCUUUUUCAAGAUUCAAGACGCCUAUUGCAUUGAACCAGUGGAAGAGUUCUGGAAAAUGAUGAGGGCUGAUGUUCUAAACCGAUUGAAGGAGAAGGAUGAAGUUGUUGUCCUAGGUGAUGGCAGAAUGGAUUCUCCAGGUCACUGUGCACAGUAUUGCACGUACACGACAAUAGAGCAAGAGUCUCGUGACAUUGUGCAUAUUGUUUCUGUCGACAAGCGAGAGACAAACAGAAAUUCGGUGAUCCUGGAGAAGGAGUGUUUCAUUAGGACAAUGGAUGCACUUCUUCCAGAGAUCCAUGUGACAGAGGUGGUCACCGACGCACAUCCGCAAAUCUCAGCUUUGCUCAAUCCUGAACGUGGCAAAUACAAGGCAUGGAGUAUAAAGCAUUCCCUCGAUAUUUGGCAUGCAGCCAAGAAUUUGGGGAAGAAGAUACGACGGGCUGGUACAGUGAGGGCCUAGUCAGACCUCCUGCCUUGGAUAAAGGACAUUGUUAACCACUUCUGGUAUUGUGCCAAGCAAGCCUCUUCCGAGGAACAGUUCAAGCUGAAGUGGCAUGGACUUCUGCAUCAUGUCCGCAACCAGCACACAUGGUCAGUGGGAUGCUGUGAGCAUGAACCUCUAGGAGACGUAACCCAGGAGAAGCCUUGGUUAGAACAAGGUUCGGCAGCUCACCAGGCUCUCACUGCUAUUGUAUUGGACAAGCGGUGGUUGAAGGAUGUGGGGAAGUUCAUUACCUUCAGGACAACGUCAGAUCUGGAAAAUUUCCAGAAUCACAUCCUGAUGUACGCUGGAAAACGGUUUGCCUACAGUCCACCAGUGUACCGCACACGGACCCUGCUGGCGGCGAUUGACUACAACAGUCAUAAUCGUCGCCUUCCCGCGCGAAACAGAGAUGGACAAAAGAUGUACAGGCGCUACUACAAUAAAAAAUCAAAAUGCUGGAGUGUGUAUGGCCUGAGGGAGAAGAAGGACUAUGGGUACAUUCCAGA